AUGAGCGAUUGUCCUGACCUGCCUUUUACUUGUAACGGCUUAAGCGAAUGCUGUGACCGAAAACAUGGCAAUUGGUUGAUGGGUUCACACUGUAAAGAUACAAGUGGCUGCGGUAGCAGCUUCUAUAUUUCUUGCGAGUGCACGAGUUACGUUAAGAAUCCCGGGGCACUUGCUGGAAUUAUUAUUGCAGCUUGUGCA